CUCAAGUUAGAUCAAGCACCAGAGGAGUCCUGUGUUAAAGAGCAACACACAAGACUUGCAGUUCUUGGCCAUGGAUGACUUCGUCUGUAACAAAUUAACUGAAUGGCAUCUCAGCAAUCUCAUUAAGAUAUUUAAAGAUCAAGAAAUUGACGAGGAAAGUUUUCACGAUCUUGAUGAUAAAGAAAUUGAUAAACUCAUCACAAAGGCGGGACCAAGGAUAAAAUUCAAGAGACAAUUCAAGUUGUUUAAGAAAGAACAAAACACAACAGAUCGGGAAACAGUUGAUUCUUCUGCCCAAGUGUGUCCGUCCACCAGUGGCACCAGUAAUAAAGAAAAGAGAAAGUUGGAUCUUCAGGGAGAAUCCAGUAAAUCUCAAUCACCAGCUAGUAAACGACACUGUGGCACUAAACCACGACCAGACUCAGAAGAAAUACUGACUAAAGUGAAAAACAUCAUGAGCUUUGUUAAGAAAAGACUACCGGCCCAAGACAACAAACUCAGCAACUUCCUGAAGGAAAAAAUUAAAAAUUUGGAGACAGACAAGAGGGAGGUUGUUGGUGUCUUUGGUAAAACUGGGUCUGGAAAGAGCUCUUUGAUAAAUGCUGUCAUUGGAGUAAAGAAUCUUAUACCCACUGGAGAUGUCCGUGCAUGUACAUCAGUCAUGAUCAAAGUCGAGGCUAACCCACAGAACAAAACCUAUCAGGCGGACAUUGAGUUCAUCACAAAAGAGGAGUGGAAGGAUGAGUUGUUUCACUUUCUUGGGGAUAAAGCAGAUCAGGAAGAUGACUAUUAUCCUGACUUUAAGGAAAAACUGUCAGCGCUGUAUGGAGAAGAAAAGGAAAACAAAACCUCUGAAAUGCUCAUGGAGAAAAAAUAUUUCAAAGAAAUUCCGGAAUUUCUUGAAAACGAGAAGAAGAUUUUGACAUGUGAAUCAGCUGAAAAGCUAUCUACAACACUUGUCAGAUUCACAAGAUGUGACUUAGAAGACGAAGAAAGUAAAGUAAAGAGUUUGUUCUGGCCACUGGUGAAGUGUGUGACUGUGAAGGUGCCCAAUAAUGAUCUUCUCCAGCAUGUCACACUUGUGGAUCUUCCUGGAAAUGGGGACCGUAACAAGAGCAGGGACAAGAUGUGGAAACAGGUAGUUGAAAAUUGUUCUACUGUGUGGAUUGUGACUGGCAUUGGACGACCAGCAGCAGAGACAGAACCCUGGGAGAUCCUGGAAAGUGCCAGCAGCCUCAUGGGAAAUGGGGGCGAGUGUCAGCACAUUCACUUUAUCUGCGCCAGGUCUGAUGAGAAUCUUAAUAACCGUGAAGCCAUACUUAAAAGAAACAUGAAAGCGAAGAAAGUAGUGAGCGAAGAAUUCAGCCAACAAGAGACGAUCAAGAAACAAUUCAGUGAUGAAUGUUUGAAAGUUUUCACAGUGUCCUCCGACGAGUUUCUAGUGAAAAACCAUCUAAACCCAGAUGAAACUGAAAUACCCAAACUUAAGGAAUUUCUGCAAAAACUCAAUGACUGUCACUCAGAGACAGUAAACUAUGUGUCUGGAGCUCGUGGGAUUCUCUCUCUGAUGCAAGGGGCCAGCCGUAGAGACGGGGCUGGCAGAAACACAGAUGUGUGCACAGACCUUGACAAAAAGAUGAAGGAUGAACUUGAUAAAGUCAGAAAACCCAUGGAGGAGGCCUACAAGGCCUUUGAAAAAUGCCUCAGUGAGGGGGUUGAAAGAUCAACAAGUUCAUGUGAAAGUGUCUUGAAGUCGUUCUUACAUCCUAAAAAAAAGAAAGGUGGAGCUUUUCACAAGCCAUUGAAGUGUGUAGUUGAGAACGGUGGCAUCCACAAACCAAAAAACGGGAAAGAAAUGAAUCUCAAUGGGCAGUUAGCUUCAUGCCUGAUUGACAGCAUUGACGAGGAAUUCAAGAAGACCUUCCCAAAUGAAAGAAAGUGUGGACCAUUUAACAAUGUCAUCAACACGUUUUCGCUUGACACAAAGAGUCUGAUUGAAAAGUACAAAGAUGUUGAACUGCAGCUGAUAUUUCUCAAGACAGAGGAAGACAAAAUUAAGACAGAACUCAACAAAACCAUCCGGGAGCGUAAGAAAAAGAUCUACAAAAGUUUGACCGAGACAAUUGGGAAAAACAUGCAAAAAGGCUAUAGCAAAGCAGCAGGGUUUCGUGGUGAGGGCUCGCUGAACAGCAUGAGGGACACAAUUGAGGAGCACGUACGUGCUGCAAAGAACAUCAUGUUUGAGCGGGCAAAAGAUGAAAUGAUGAACCAGCUGAGAGACUUGAUGAAAGAGAUCCUGGAGAAGCUGAAGAAAACAAUGCAGAAAUCAAUCGAGCUCUCACUCAAGACAGAUGGUGACUCAAUCCCAGAUGUUGCACAGCAGCUUAAGGAGGUGAACGACUACUACAAUAACCUGAAGGCCCAGCAGCAGAGGCCAUGACGUGCACAGGUUUGCUCCGUGGAGAGAAACAGCCGAGGCCAGAUUCCCCACUGAAGGUCCUGCAGACCCACUGGUUACUGACGUCAGGCCUCUGGAUUUGGUCUCAACCAUUUUUGUCAAGUUGCUAUCCCUGUCCUCUUUAAAUGUUGUUUUGAUAUGUACUUUGAGUUUGUUUAUGGUGAAUUACAUGGUGAGAGAUUUUAGAUUUUCUAUUUUUGGUAGGAUAUUUUUGAUUAUAGAUCAGAGACAGAAAGAAAAUGUAGAGAGAGAGAGAGAGAGAGAGAGAGAGAGAGAGAGAUAUGACAUGCAGCAAAUGUUCCCACUCUGACGUCUUAGCCACUAGGCCAAUAUGGUGUAUUUUUGUUUUUAAUGAUUUGAUUUUUUGUUCUCUUUGAAUACAAUAUAUUUUCAUGUUUUAUUUUAUUAGUAUUGGUCAAUUGGGAUGAGCAUGGUGAAAUUUUAAUGAUUUUAUGGGUGUGUAAUUUAAAUCGUAACCUUGAUUUCGGUACAUACUGUAGGUUGGAUUUGAAAUAGGCUUCUCAAAGAAUGAUGAUGAUCUUUUUUCCUUAAUGUUCAAAGACUAUAGUAUAGCUUACUGCAAAAUAAUGUUUUUUAUGUCUUCAUAUAUGAGAAAUAGAGAGAACUAGAUGAUAGCAAUAAACUUGCUGGCUUCUCGUGAUUUACUGUAUUUUUUUAAUCUACACUAUUUCUAAAUGUUUAAAUAACUUUAUAUGGUAUACUGCCCAAUAAACCUCAAUAAAGUUCACUUAUGAGUCA